AGUGGUCAUCAGUAUGUGCCAGUCACUCAAGAUCUACUCAGUGAGGUCGUGUACGAUUGUCAGUGGAGUCUUGAUCAAUAAGUUCAGAUCUGCCGGUUUUAUUUAACUCUGUGAGUCCCAUUUUCUAAAGGGCCUAAGAUCAUCUCUAUAAGCCUACAUAUUUAUGGACUUCACAGCUCAGACCUGAGAAUGACAAGAUGGGGAAGACAGGCAGCAACAUCUCUCUCCCCGUCGGCGCCCCUUUCUCCACGCUUAAGCAACUGUAAGCCAACAGCCAUAGCAAAGAUCUUCAUCCUAGCCCUUUGUGAAUCUCGCUUCCAUCGGUUUUUCAAUCUAAACUUUCUUCAGCUCAACUCGAGUGCUACCUUGAGGCAGCUCCGCUGUCACACGACCCCAUUCAUCAACAGUAGUCUGAACCGGAAAAGACGCCACAUAGAUCAGGGGCUGGGUGUGGGCACCGCAGACGGUCUGGCAGGAGGCAACGCAGCAGGAUCUAGGAAGCUCGCCCGUUAGCCCUCACGUAUACUUUAGUUCGUUCGAAUCUAGCUUCGUCAUAAGCUUAAUACUGAAAACCCUGGACCUCUC